CAUUGGAAGGUAUUGUUUUUAUGUGCUACGUGAAUAAACUUGCAGCUGUGAGUGUGACACUGGUAGAUUAUAUAUCUCUAAAGUAGCCAAGAUGCUAAGACUGAAGCUAAACACACUUUUGGGAAAGCAAUCUCUUCAUAAGAUUUUGAGAUCUCUGACGGUCCUUGGAAUUGAGACAAGCUGUGAUGAUACUGGUGCAGCUAUAGUCGAUGAUACAGGUCAAGUUCUUGCACAGGAAAUACACUCACAGCAACAAAUGACAAUCCGGCUUGGUGGAGUGAUUCCUCCAAUUGCUAGGAGAUUACAUGAAGAGAACAUAGAGAGAGUGGUCACUGCUACAAUCGAAAGCAGCAAUAUUCCUGUUGAGCAGCUGGAUGGAAUCGCCUGCACUGUUAAGCCAGGAAUGCCACUCUCAUUACUUGUGGGCCUGAAGUAUGCAAGAGAACUUGUCCGCAGAGCAAAGAAUGUUCCAUUUCUGCCAGUACACCACAUGCAGGCACAUGCAUUGACUGUAAGAAUGGUGGAUAGGGUUGCCUUCCCUUUCCUGGUCUUCCUGCUGUCUGGAGGACACUGUCUGCUUGCCAUCGUGAAGGAUGUUGAGGACUUUAUGUUACUGGGGGAGAGCAUAGAUACAUCCCCGGGUGAAGCAUACGAUAAGGUUGCACGACGUCUAAAGCUGAAGAAUCUACCGGAAUGUGAUGGGAUGAGUGGCGGUGAGUCGGUGGAGAGGGUAGCGCGUCGGGGUGACCCGCACAAAUUCGUCGAUCGUUACCCGGCGACCAUGAGCAAGUACAGAGACUGCAACUUCUCCUUCUCCGGCAUGAAGACGACGACCAUGCGUCUCAUAGAGCGGGAAGAAGAGAAGCACGGAAUCGUUGGCGAUGGGAUUCUACCGAAUGUCUGUGAUGUAGCGGCUGCAUUCCAGCUGUCGGUCGGUCGCCAUCUGUUGAAGCGACUGCAGCGCUGCCUGGUGUUCAUAGACUACAACGAUCUCCUGCCUAAGCACAACAGAACUCUGGUACUCUCUGGAGGAGUGGCCUGCAAUUCAUUCAUCAGGCAGGUGAUUGGCCAACUAUGUGAUCAUCAUGAAUAUGAUUUGGUGUGCCCGCCUCCACAACUGUGCACCGACAAUGGUGUCAUGGUAGCAUGGAAUGGCAUGGAGAAACUGAAGGUGGGAAAGGGUAUUGCGUCGGACCCGGAAUUAGUAGAUAUCGAACCAAAAUGUUCAAUAGGACCCAGCAUGAUUCGAAAAGUACAAGAAGCAAAUAUUCAAGUGCCAAGAUUUAAAAUAGACUUGACAAAAUUUAGUUGACUAAUUAUUCAUGGAUAGAUCUCAGAUGUGUUUUAGUUCAUAAUUAUAAACGUUUUCUUAUAGUUGUAUAUAUU